AUGCAGCACUUCCAGCUCGACACUUGUAUGGUUCCGGCCGACAUGUGCUCGCACGCGAACGCCAAAGCCUUUCAGUGCCCUGACGUCCGAUGCGGCCGUCGCUUCAACCGCAAGUACACGCUCACCGAGCACAUGAAGACUCACACGGGUGAGCGCCCGCACGUCUGUCGCGCCCGUGGCUGCGGCAAGCGGUUCAGCACGUCGGGGAACUUGUCCCGCCACAUGCGCCUCCACGGUGCGAUUGAACCCGUUCAUUGCCCCGUGAAGGGCUGUUGCAGCAAGUUCAUGAGCGACAUCAAGCUGGCCAAGCACAUGCGUUCGCACUACAUGCCUCGAACACACACGUGCAAGGUCCCCGAGUGUGGCAAGUCGUUUAGCACGACUGGCAACCUCAACCGUCACUUGAAGAACCAGCACACGGAGGAGGAGCGUAUGCAGUACAAGUCGUUGGCCCCUGCUUCACCGUCUUUGAGCUCCAUCUGCAGUACCCCCACGAGCCAAAAGUACGGCAUCUCGCCCAUGCGCGACAGCCCCAUGGGCAUCGAUCACGAAUGGACUGGUGUGUCGUGGAAGUUGAUCUCGGAUGCAGUCGAGUUGGAGAUGCCUGAUCCGUUUGCAACCGCGUGCACUGCGCCGUGGAAUCCCGAGAUGUUGAGCAUGCUAUCCCAGAUUUUGCUUAGCUGA